ACACCGUGGUGGAUUAAACAAAGCUAUAAGUGUGUUUGUGAGGCAGAAGGCGAUCUGCUCAGAGAGACAAAAAGUAAACUUUAGAGAGUUUGUGAAAAUUUGUUAGUGUCUUGUCCGUACUCUAUACGCAAAUUCACAUUCAUCGAGAGUUUCUUAAUGAGACCCCUGACCAAAUGCUCUGAAUUAUUAAAUGUUUUAUACUUGGCCUAUCAAGCAAUAUUUCUAAUAAGAGUAAUUCUGACAUUUUCAUAGGAAAGUUCAGCAUCAACAUGCGUAAUUACUUUUGUUACGAUGUGUUGCAGUAUUCAAAGGUUUUCUGCUUCCUGUUUAUAGGCAUUUUGGACAUUUCAACAUUCAAAAGAUACAAUGAUAUAAAUAAUUUGUAAAUGCUAUGUCAACAGUUUUAAUUUUUUAUCAUUCUGAAACCCAUAAAUUACAAUACAGUAUGUCUAACUGCAAUAGUGUGCAUAGUGCAAUUAAUGAUUCUGGUUAACUGACUAGGGUCAAUCGGAUCUUUUUUCUUGUAACUAGAGCUGGAGGCAUUUAGUUGAUUAAUUGGUCAGUGGUGUCAUGGUUUACCAAAAUUUGUUUUAGAUGACUACUGGUAAUACUUUUAAUUAGAUUGUAAGGAUUAAUAUGAGAUAACCACAGAAAGGUGAAAUGAGAGAGCGAAUUAGCUGAAGAUUCUGUAUUUUUAAAAAUGUAUUUGGUAUUUCAGUAAAAAGGCAGAUUAAACUAAUGAUUCACAAAUUUAAGUCUUUCUAUAAGUAGUUUCCCAGUACCUUUUUCCUACAUAAACAGUUGUUUUUACAUUAGCUCACAUUAAGGUGAGUGCAGUUUGGGCCAGAUAUAGCCUGAGAUAUGGCAGGCAAGUCUAUAGUCGUCCAAAAAUUGCUUCAGUUGACUCUACUGCAGCCCUACAUGUAGGGCCUACUCUUGCCUCUGUCUUGUAUAAAACUUUGUAAGGAUUACUGAAGCUUGGGGGUUGUGAUGUGGUGUAAGGAUAACAGCUGUGAACUGACAGAUUAGACCUUCUCUGGGCAUUAGAUUAUGAGUUAUGUAAUAAAUCAAGUGUUCUUAAAAGGAAUUAUGCUCAGUAGCUGUGUGUGCUACACAUAGUCUAUGGUGCACACCAAGUUAAAAUAAACCCCUCACGUGGUCUGAACCACAAAAUGCAUUCAUGUACAAUUUGAAUUAUUCUCAAAAGACGACCUUUUAGCUUAGGCUGCCGUUUGGUGACGUAUUUUUAAAGACAAAUCAAGUAACCACACCUGACCACAGAGUAGAUUACUGUUCAUGGCUGCACAAAGUAAUGCUAUUAAACAGAAGCAACCACACAGCAGUAUUAAUGAGCUCAACAGUGGGUUCUGUCAGUCCCAUCACUUCUCUCGCUGAACGCUGUGAACGCAUCUCUAGACUGUUGCCAUAGAAACCCUGCUGGAUGUGAGAGUGGGCGGGUCCACAGAGUGACUACUGGACUGAGCACGGUCUGAUCCAUUGACGUAGAGACAGGUUGUUGAAAUGUAGCCUGUUGUCAGUGGUUUACAGCGACAAGGACAUUUUUCUAUCAUCGAUUGCCCGAAACGAGACACAAAGUCCAGCGCUUCCUUGUAUUGUACAAGUCCAGGUAAUGGUAGUAGGCUGGUGGCUGCGUCCUCCCGCCUCUUCUCCAGCUGCGGAGCAACAUUCUCCCCCUGUCCAUUCCGCUCAGAGCACAGUGGGGAUUUGAAGAAUUGUAAUCACAUGAAUCAGAUUAUCUCACGGUCUUGUCCAUCUUCACUAUUGCUUCGCGGCAUCACUAAUGGGACCAGGCGCCUCACACGGUAGCAGCCAGCGGCAUUAACCGGUGAACGGUCCCGUGAAGAGCCUUCUAAAUCGGCCAGAGGCCCUGUCUAAGGUGUGCCAUGGCUGAUAGCAGGGCUCCUGAGUCUCAGGGCGGGGCUCUGGGUGGAGAAGAGUCUCUGUCUGAGGCUUCAUCAUCAAGGCAGAGUUUAGCCUCUGAGAGCUUUUGUCAGAACUGCUGUACAACCAGCCUAGAGGAACCAGAGGCCCUGAGUGAAGACCAUGACAGCAAGUCUCCCAGUAAUGAUGGCACAGACCACAGGACAGAUCAGCAUCUGUCAGUCAUCAGAAGCUCUACUCCGUCUGUGCUUGAAGGGCACGAAGACAUGUGCACAUUGGUGCAGAGUUCAUGCACUCUGGUGGACAGCAGUGCUGGGGCUCCUCUGCUGGUGUGUAAAAGGCCCAUGCAGAUGCAGCAGUGCAACAUGGUUACUACUAUUUGUCGAGGUGCAUUAGGUCCAGAUGGCACUGGCACUCAGCUGUUUCAGGGGUCUCAGGGGCCUCAGACCACAGUCAAAGAAGACUUCCCCUGUGACAGUUCCCAGUGCUAUGGCUCUCAUUUCCACCACACAAACUUGGAGGACACUUUUGCUGCUUACUGCCACCCACAGCCAAUCCCGGCCCCUUCCCAGCUCUUGCCUCAUCUCACAGGCCCAGAAAUUCCACCUCACCUGAGCCUGCCUCGUCUAAUGUCGUCUUUGAGUGAGUCUGGACUGGAUGCUAAACCAGUGCCCUGCUGCUGUCAGCUGGGCUGCUCCUGGGUUAGUGUGUUGCCCCAGCCCCACAGGGUGUGCACUGUGAGGACCCUGACUCGUGAUGUGGGAACCUUAACUGCCAGGAAAAGCCAAAGGGAUGUAGGGGUACAGACUGAGGACAGCAGUCAUCAUGUAUUCCCCCAAGUUUGUCUCACAGAUGAGAGCCACAGGGAGUGUCAGAAGACUGGCCAAGAUGCUACACAAAAAGCCAGCUCUAAGUCCCCUGUCAAAGAAGUGAAGUGGGAUGCUGAGGGGAUGACGUGGGAAGUGUACGGGGCAUCUGUGGACCCAGAGGAACUGGGCUUAGCCAUUCAGAAACACCUGGAACUGCAGAUCAAAGAGACUGCGAGCCGUGCUGCUAAACUGUCCCGUCAAAACACAAACGCGUCCAGGCACAGCAUCUCCUGUCAGAGGAAGAGGAGAAUGCUUGGGUCCCUGCGGCCCCCAGCCUGUUGCACUCGCACUACCACUGCUGUGGACUGAUGGACAUACCCAAACACUGUGUGACUGCAUGGUCUUAUGUGAACAUGCAGUGCAGACAUUCUAACUGAAAUCCUUUCAGUGAUUCUUGUGGGAUGUUAAUGUCUUUUAAGUUUAAAGAGUGUAUUCGAUGCACAUUAAUGUCAGGAAGACACAUUUUUACUAUGGUUUUCUUCCUGUUUACACUGUUUUACAUGUGGGUGUUUGGUUUAGUUAAUAGUUCUACAAAUGGUAUUUUUAAUAACGUCAAACUUCCUUUGACCCUUUGUUCUCUGGCGCCACCUUGAGGUUUUGGAAUCACUGUUCUAAUUAAAUGAAGCUAGAAUGUAUUCAUCCUCCCCAUCCAUUACGGAAAGUGUGCGGUGCAUUAUUUUUGUUUGUACAGAAAUAUAUGGUGGGUUUAUUACAAUUCAUCUACAGGUGAAACUACCACCCUAUUUCCCCUUAAUGUGAAAAUUGUGCCAUGUUAUGUGUUGUUUGUGAGUUGCUUAAUAUUGAAAGGGCUGUGUGUGUACACACAAACA